AUGGAUAUUACAGAUAAAAGUUGGAUGGAUCUCCGAAGAUCCACCAAUGAAUAUAUGCAUGGAGUGAAUGAUUUUCUUGAUUAUGCUUUUGAACGAGCUUCUCAAGGAAAUGAAAUAUUAUGCCCUUGUAAAAUAUGCUUUAAUCGGUAUUGGCAUGAUCGAGAGGGGGUGGAGGGUCACUUGGUUGGUUAUGGAUUUGCUCGUGGAUACACCAAAUGGGUUUUCCUUGGGGAAGGAUUUUCCGCAAGAAAUACGCCGCAUCUAACCAAUGAUGUUGAAACUUCCUACAUGCAUGAUGAUAUCGAUGGAUUACUUCAUGAUACUUUUAGAAAUGUAGAAGGUGAUUUGAGGCAUGGAGUGAGAGAGGGACCAUCUGAAGAUGCAAAGAGAUUUUUUAAAUUAGUGGAGGAAGGGAAACAAGAGUUGUAUCUGGGGUGUAAAAAUUUUUCUAAGUUAAGUUUCACCAUUCGGUUGUACUUGUUUAAAUGCAUUCACGGGUUAAGUAAUGUAACCUUUUCAGACUUGUUAGACUUGAUAAAAGAGGCAUUUCCGUUUGCUCAGAUCCCCGAGUCUUUCAACAAGGCAAAAAAGGUCAUAAAAGAUUUGGGUCUUGGUUAUGAAAAAAUUCAUGCAUGCCCUAAUGAUUGCAUGUUAUUUUGGAAUGACAAUGCGAAGAUGGAUAACUGCUCUGUGUGGGGUUCUUCUCGAUGGAAGAAUGUUCGUGAUGAUUUGACUAAUAAGAACACUAAAAUCCCAGCAAAGGUUUUAAGGUACUUUCCUUUAAAGCCUAGGAUUCGUAGGAUUUAUGUGUUCUCAAACAUCUCUAGCUAUGAGAUGGCAUGCUCGGAACGACCCAUGAAGAUGUUGAAGCGGAACCUUACGGGAAAUGGGGAGGUGGAAACAUAUGAUGUUGAAACUAACCAAACAUUUAUAAUGCGUGCAGCUUUAUUAUGGACAGUUAGUGAUUUUCCAGCACUAGCAAUGCUUUCUGGAUGGAGCACCAAGGGGAGAUGGGCAUGCCCCACUUGUAAUUAUGAUACUUUCUCUCAAUAUCUCAAACAUAGUCGUAAGAUGUGUUACUUGGGUCAUCAGACAUUUUUGCCUCCUGAUCAUCCAUUUCGAAGAGAUAAGAAAUCAUUUAAUGGUAAAGAGGAGCAUAAAGCUGCACCUACUCCCUUAUCAGGCAUAGAAGUUCUUGAAGAGCUACGUGAAUUCAAUAAUGUCUUUGGAAAGGGCCAAAAGAAACGGUCCCGGAAGAAUGAUGGUCCAUGGAAGAAAAGAUCCAUACUUUUUGAACUGCCAUAUUGGGCACAUAACAAAUCGAGGGCACACUUGACGUGA